AUGGCUGUUUCGGUAACGCUCCCAGCCGAUGAAAGUGAGCGCUUUUCCUCUCUUGCAUUAUCCCUUGUUUUGUUUCUUCUUAUUACAAGCUUUCUAACGAGCUAUUAUCUGAAGGUCAAGCGGAUUACUGCGGUUCAUGAGACCAUUGUCGGCCUGUUUGCCGGCAUGUUUGUCGGGGUCAUGUUGCGCCUCGGACCGCUUCAGCCGGUGCGCGAGAUGCUCAGUUUUAGCAACACGAUUAUGCUUAAUGUGCUUCUUCCUCCUAUUAUCCUGUCAAGUGGCUAUGAUUUGAGUCAGGCCAAAUUUUUCCGGAACUUUGGCACUAUCAUCGUGUUUGCCUUUUUUGGUACCUUCAUCAGCGCGCUCGUUAUUGGCGUCAUUGUAUGGACAGCCUCAUUCUUGCGUCUUGUAAGGCCUCAUCUAUCGCUCAUCGAGUGUCUGAUUUUCGGCAGCACGCUAAGUGCGACUGAUCCUGUUACGAUCCUGGCGAUUUUCAACACAUACAAAGUGGAUCCACAGCUGUACAGCAUUAUUUUUGGCGAAAGUAUGUUGAAUGAUGCCGUCUCUAUUGUCAUGUUUGAGACGCUGAAUCAGCUCCGUGGAUCAAAACUGUCGUUCUUGUCGAUUUUCUAUGGGUUUGGGAUUUUUGCCGUGGUGUUCUCGUUCAGCAUGGUGCUGGGUGUCGUAUUCGGCUUGGCUUGUUCUCUCCUGCUCAAGCAUACACAACUUGGUGCUUUUCCCGAGCUCGAGAGCUGCGUCGUCAUGCUUGUUGCCUAUACGAGUUACUUUUUCAGCAAUACGGUCGAGAUGAGUGGCAUUGUCAGCCUGUUGUUUUGCGGCAUCACUCUCAAGCAUUAUGCCUAUCACAACAUGUCACUCAAGACGCAGCGGACGACCAAGUCAUCGUUCCAAACUCUGUCAAGCAUAUCAGAAAACUUUAUAUUUAUCUAUCUGGGGCUGAGUCUGUUCACAGGUGAACACCUUGUGUAUCGACCAACACUGAUUUUGUUUACGAUUGUGGCAGUAGUUGCUUCCCGAUACUGCUCUGUUUUUUCUAUUGCAUGGGUGUUGAAUCAAAUACACGGAUUUCGUGCGGAACGGCGACGCCAGUUCAGCGCAGGAUUACCAGACAACUCAUCGCAUUAUAUUCCUCGACACUACCAGCUCAUGCUGUUUUGGGCAGGUCUUCGAGGUGCUGUGGGCUUUGCGCUCAGCGAAGGUAUUCGCGGAUCCAAUGCGUACCCAUUGCAAACCAGUGUUCUUGUGGCCGUGGUUAUUACCGUCAUUGUGUUUGGUGGCACAACAGCACAGAUGCUAGAGAUUUUGCGCAUUGACACAGGCGUCGAGGACCAAGAAGAUCCCUCAUCAGACCAUGAUGAAGAAGCGCUUUCUUCUGAUGUAUGGGUUUCAUCUAACAGGACGUUGCCUGCAUCGGGGUGGUACCGAGACAGCUCUGUUGAGCCAGGCGACAUGUCAACCACGCCAGAUGCAAAUGAAGUACUUCCUGGGCCAGACACAGAUACGGCUCCUGAUGCAAGCACAAGCGCGUCACGCCCGGGUGCACACAACAGUGCAGAUGGCGCAUCAAGUGCCCUGACAAAGGCAUUUGUUGCGGGCCCUGGCGGACUACGAAGCUGCACAUCAGAUGAGUUGGACGAGACAGGUGAUAUGAGUGCGACAGAGCCUCCUUUGUCGGCUCGAGAUGUGCUUGAUCGCGCUAAUCUAAUAUUCCGUGAUGGCCAAUGGUUCCAGCGUAUCGACGAACGCUAUCUUCUUCCCAUGUUCAGCAACACUGUCGCGAACCGUAAGCAUGAGCAGCGUAAAGAGCAGGUCCAAGCUCGCCGACACAUCUCGCGAGAAUUUGCCCAAGCCCAACCAUCCCCCUCAGUCCUCGCUGUGCCUUAUGAGCAAGCCUCACACGAGGCGCUCGAAGAAGGACGCGUUUCUCCAGGUAAAAAUAAAAUGCAUUAA